CGAUCAGACCGACCGAUGGACGCGCGCCGGGUCGGCGGCCGCAUCGCGGCGGCGCGUAGGGCCCUCACCGGCGCGGGCGCGCUGCCCCUCCCGGUGCGGAUCACCAACGGCCUCGCGUUGAUCUCGCUCGUGCUCUCCUCCUGCGACCUGCUCCGCCUCUGCAGCGACCCGGACCGGCCCCUCAGGUUCCCCCUCGGCGGCCGCGAGUUCGCCACCGUCGUCUGCCAGCUCGCCUCCGUCGUCUACCUCCUCAGCCUCUUCGCCGUGCCCUUCGCGCAGUCCGCCAGCGCCCGCCGCGAGGAUGGGCAGGACGGCUCCCGCCGCUCGCCGGCGGCCGUCGCGCCCGCGCCAAUGCCUGACUGCCCGGACGACGGGGACGAGGAGAUCGUCGCCGCGGUGGUGUCCGGGGCGCUCCCGUCCCACCGCCUGGAGUCGCGGCUCCGGGACUGCCGCCGCGCGGCCAGGCUGAGGCGGGAGGCGCUGCGGCGGAUAACCGGGCGGGGCGUGGUGGGGCUCCCCUUCGAGGGGAUGGACUAUGAGGCCAUUCUGGGGCAAUGCUGCGAGAUGCCCGUCGGGUAUGUGCAACUGCCGGUCGGGGUCGCCGGCCCGCUGCUCCUGGACGGGCGUGACUACCAUGUUCCCAUGGCCACCACCGAGGGGUGCCUCGUCGCCAGCGUCAACCGCGGCUGCAGGGCCAUUGCAGCGUCCGGGGGUGCCGCCAGCGUGCUGCUCCGUGACGCCAUGUCCCGCGCGCCCGCCGUCAAGUUGCCUAGCGCCAAGCGAGCAGCGGAGCUCAAGAUGUUUGCUGAGGCGCCUGCCAAUUUUGAGGCUCUGGCUGCGGUCUUCAAUAAAUCAAGCAGAUUUGGUAGGCUACAAGGUAUUCAGUGUGCACUAGCUGGAAGAAACCUUUACAUGAGGUUUACCUGUAGUACCGGAGAUGCUAUGGGGAUGAAUAUGGUGUCAAAAGGUGUCGAAAAUGUUUUGGGCUACCUGCGGAACAACUUCCCCGACAUGGAUGUCAUCAGCAUAUCUGGUAACUAUUGUUCAGACAAAAAGGCUACUGCUGUAAACUGGAUAGAAGGUCGCGGGAAAUCUGUUGUUUGUGAGGCUACAAUUAAAGGAAGAGUUGUGCAGAGUGUUCUGAAGACCACUGUCGAAAAACUUGUCGAGCUUAACAUCAUCAAAAACCUUGCUGGGUCAGCUGUAGCUGGAGCUCUUGGAGGUUUCAAUGCUCAUGCAAGCAAUAUUGUAACUGCACUAUUCAUUGCUACUGGCCAGGAUCCUGCGCAAAAUGUUGAAAGCUCACAGUGUAUCACCAUGUUAGAGGCAGUGAAUGGCGGAAAAGAUCUCCACAUCUCUGUGACCAUGCCGUCCAUCGAGGUUGGUACAAUUGGAGGGGGUACCUCUCUCGCCUCACAGGCCGCAUGUUUGAACCUGCUUGGUGUCAAGGGCCCAAAUCAUGGCUCGCCAGGCGCGAAUGCUAGACUUUUGGCUACCAUCGUAGCGGGCAGUGUGCUUGCCGGCGAGCUCUCCCUCCUCGCUGCUCUAGCCGCUGGUCAGCUUGUGAAGAGCCACAUGAAGUACAAUCGAUCGAGUAAAGAUGUUGCCAAUGCUGCUUCGUGAGUAGCCCCGCAGGAUCAAUCCAAUGCUUACUGUGUCGAGACAGGAGGCAAGCAGAUCAGCAGAGUAGCGAGACUUGCCUGUACAUACUGCUGAUUAAGCGAGCCAGUCUUGUUUAGGUUCCCUUCGGAUCGCAGGCAUCAGAACCCGGAUGCGACCUGUAUUUGCGAGCAUAAUUUGUGAAGGAGAAAACACCUGACCUAUCGUGCAGUUUCUGAUUGUAACUUUUGUUUGUGUAGCCCUGCAGAUGUUUUAUGUUUUCUUGUGUAACCAUUUAGACAUGUUUUUUCUUCAGUUGUUUGAGAUAGCAGCAGAUCAGAAUAUCAGAUUAGCUUGUGAUUGAUUUUA